UUGCGAAAAAAAAAAAAAGGAGGAUAUAAUCUUUUGUAGAUGAGUUUCUUGUCCAUGGCACAUUAAUCACAACACAUUAAUUAUCGAACGUCUCUCUCAUUCUUGGUCCUUUUAAGUCAAUUUCUCGAGUGAGCAUAUUUCAGAAGGACAUUGGGUCCUGUUGAGAGCAUUUGGGGUCCCUUCAUUCAUUCCUCAGACACAAUAACAGGGAGGAAUAGAAUUUUGUGUUGUUGGAGGAGCAAGCAUGGAUCAGCAUCAGGUUCGUCCACACAGAUGUAGUAGCAGAGACACUAGCCCAGACCGUGCCAAAAUUUGCAGGAAGGUCAUCAAGCCCGCCAGAAAAGUUCAAGUUGUUUACUAUCUAUCCCGCAAUGGCCUCUUGGAGCACCCCCAUUUCAUGGAACUCACCCUUUUGCCUAACCAACCUCUCCGUCUAAAAGAUGUGUUCGAUCGACUCAUGGUGCUUAGAGGAAGUGGCAUGCCUCUGCAAUAUUCAUGGUCCAGCAAAAGGAACUAUAAGAGUGGUUAUGUGUGGUUCGAUUUGGCACUCAAGGAUGUCAUAUACCCCUCAGAAGGAGGAGAAUAUGUUCUCAAAGGAUCUGAACUAGUUGAAGGAUGCUCUGAGAGAUUUCAACAACUUAAUGUGAGUAACAAAAAUGGCAUUCAUGAACCGCCAGAAACAAACUACGGUUACAAUGCAAAGAGCAAGGUGCUGAGCAACAGGCAACAACAGAAGGAAGCUGAAGAAUACGAAGAGUACGAAGAGCAGGAAGAAGAGAAAGAGUUCACGAGCUCCACUACCACACCGCACUCUCGUUGCUCCAGAGGUGUAUCAACCGAAGAACUUGGCGAAGAUGAAGACCGCCACGAAGCUCUUCAAAACAACACGAAAACAGAGAAGGUGGUUGUUACUAAUAACGUUUCGUCACGUGGUAAUGUAACUAAUGUUCCUCCUCCGAUGAAGAACCAUUCUGCUGCUGCGGCGAGUCUGGCGGAGAAGCUGAACCGGAGGGUGGUGGUACCGGUACAGAGCAAGCAGCGGUUCGGUGGCGAGUUAGGGACUGAGUCGGCGACGUCAGCGGCGCCGAGUCGAUACUCUGCUCUGCUGCAGUUGAUAGCGUGUGGAAGCUCGGGCCCGGAGUUCAAGGCGAGGACGCAGCAGGAACCGCGGGUGAGCAGUGUGGGGACCACUGCAAGCAAGCAGAGACAGAGCGUUGACAGGAGGGAUCAGAAGGCGUUUAUGAUGAGCUGUGAGGAGGAGGAGGAGGAAGAGGCGGUGGCGAUGAUGAUGAACCGCGUGUCGGAGAAUCCGAGGUUGAUGUUGGGGAAUUUGCAGAAUGCAGAGGAGAAGGAGUACUUCAGUGGGAGCUUGGUGGAGAUGGAGUCCAUGAAAGCCAACCAUCCAGUGCUCAAGAGAUCCAACUCCUAUAAUGAAGAAAGGAGGAGCAAGCUGGGGGUGGAGGAAGUGAAGCUGAAGAAGGAAAUGGAAGAAGAGAACAGGGAAAGGAAAGGAGGAGUGAAAGAGAAAUGCAUCCCUAUCAAGAAAUCUUCCAAAGAGAGCAGCAGGAGAUGGUGAUGUGGAUACAUCUGAUUCUGAGCAUAUGAAUCUAAGUUAAGACUAGUUUAUUUAUUGUGGAAUUUAAUUUGUAAUUAAUACACUAGUAAUUAAGGGUUGUUGUUGCCUAAUGCUAUGGUUAGUUAGUUUGCUUUUUCAUUAGUGUAGCUGCUGUUACAAAUUAAAUUGAAGUGCAUUUGUUUGUUGUGGCUCUAGAUCAUUAGCCUCACUUGGGAGUCGACAGUUGUAGAAAGAAUAGACAGAGAGUCCAAGUAAAACAUAUUAAU